AUGGGAAAAACCAGUCAAUUUCUUUUGUUGACAUGGAAGAAUUGGAUUAUACAGAAGCGCAAAAAAUUGGUGACGGCGUUUGAGAUACUUCUUCCGGUAGGUUUCGCCGCUCUGUUGGUAGUGAUCCGUUCCUUAGUGAAGAUAGAAGCAAUUGAUACCAGUACAACAUGGCCAUCCUUUCCUUUGGAAGAAAAUGCCUCAAGGCUUGUAUCAGCUCCAAAAAGGGAGAUUAUUUUCUCACCAAACCAAACUGUUAUUGUAGAUCUGAUGAACACCGUUGCUCAACAAGUUGGGCCCACGUUUACUGUACAAGGUUUCGACACGGCAGAAGAGAUUGAUGACUAUUACGCGAAAAACGGCAAGGUGAUCUGGGGAGCGGUGGUAUUUGACGCAACAGAAGAUUAUAGGUCGACUCUACCUCAACACAUACGGUACGACCUGAGCGUUUCCAGACUCAACGAUGGCGACAGGUGGCGCACAGCCAGGGUCUACCCGUUUUUUCGGACUCCCUGGUUUCGAAAUGAAGAUGAUGACGGUGGAGAACCUAAUUACCACACCACCGGCUUCCUGCUGCUACAAUAUUUGGUGGACAGGGCCAUCAUCGAAAAACAUGCUCCAGGAAGCAAUCUGUCCUCAAUUGACUUUAAAAUGAGAAGGAUGCCAUUCCCGCCUGUAGUGAAAGACUUCCUCCUGCCCACACUUCAAACCAACCUCCCAUUAUUUCUUAUGCUUGGAUUUAUUCUCUCCUCCCUACAGACCAUAAAGAACAUCCUCUAUGAAAAGGAAAGACGACUCAAGGAAGCAAUGAAGUUGAUGGGUUUGAGCUCGACUGUUUACUGGCUGUCAUGGUUUUUCAAAGCCUUCGUCUAUCUCGUCAUCGCUUGUGCCAUAUACACCAUCUUGUUUGCAAUCAGAAUUGGUGACAAGGGGAGCGUCCUAAACAAUUCUGACCCUUCCCUGAUAUUUGUGUUCCUCAUCUGCUACAGUUCUUCGAUUAUUACAUUCUGUUUCAUGAUGAGUACAUUUUUCAACAAAGCCAACACCGGUGCCAAUGCGGGAGGGAUCAUCUACUUUCUUCUGUAUUUCCCAUACUUCUUCCUUACUAACUAUUACGAGACUAUGACUCGCAACCAGAAGAUGGCGACUUGUCUGAUAUUUAAUACAGGGAUGGCGCUAGGAGUCAACACCAUUGGAAUAUACGAAGGCACAGGUGACGGUGCAAGAUGGACUAAUUUCCAUAAGCCUGCUACCGUUGACGACAAUUUCUCUCUGCUGGACGCCAUGCUAAUGCUACUUGUCGAUAGUGUACUAUACUUACUGGUCACGUGGUACGUGGACAAUGUCCAUCCUGGAGAAUAUGGAGUACCUGAGCCAUGGUACUUUCCUGUCUCCAAGAAAUACUGGUGUGGUACAAACACGGCCUCAGAUAACUACACUCACGUGGAACCACCGUCCGUCACCAACCCAGAGAAAUUCGAAAAAGAUCCAAGUGGCCUUCGUGUCGGUAUCAAGAUAAGCAACCUGAGGAAGGUGUUCGGUUCUGGUACUGGAAAAAAAGUGGCGGUUGCCAAUACUACUCUUAAUAUGUAUGACGGACAAAUCACUGCUCUUUUGGGACACAAUGGAGCUGGCAAGACAACCACCAUGUCUAUGUUGACAGGUUUCAUACCACCCACCAAGGGAACGGCGACUGUGAACGGGUACGAUAUCCGUACCGACAUUCUAAAGGUACGGCAGAGUCUUGGUAUGUGUCCACAACACAACAUCCUGUUUGAUACCAUGACGGUCGAUGAACAUCUAGAGUUCUUUGCCAAGUUGAAGGGAUGUGAGUCCCGUAAUGUCCGUCAGGAAGUUGAUGACAUGAUCAGGAUACUCGACCUAGAACCAAAAAGAGACAGUUUUUCUGUUACCCUUUCCGGUGGACAAAAGCGAAAGUUAUCUGUAGGAAUUGCUCUGAUUUCUGGGUCAAAGGUGGUCAUCCUAGAUGAGCCUACCUCCGGUAUGGACCCCGCUGCUAGACGGCAAAUCUGGGACAUCCUACAGAAGUUCCGCAAAGAAAGGACGAUUGUGCUGAGUACCCACUUCAUGGACGAAGCUGACCUCCUGGGGGACAGAAUUGCUAUCAUGGCGGAUGGUGUUGUCAAGUGCUGUGGCACCUCGCUCUUCCUGAAAAAACUCUACGGGGCAGGAUAUCAUCUUGUGGUGGUUAAGGCCAAAGAUUGUGACGUGGAGAGGUUGACAAGUACGAUUCAGUCCUUAAUCCCGACAGCCUCGCUUGAGAGUCAAAUAAGUGCCGAGCUGUCAUAUCUCCUCCCGUUCGACCAGUCAGCGAAGUUCGAGGAACUGUUUGAGCAGAUAGAAAAGAAAUCAGUUGAACUCGGUAUAUCCAGUUUUGGAACGUCGGCAACGACAAUGGAGGAAGUCUUCCUUAAGGUAGGGGAGAGCUCUGAACAUGACGGGGAUGGCGAUUCCACAGAGACUUCUCAAUUGCAAAACGGUGUAAUGAACCCCAGCUAUGAAUACAAAGACGCAAGAAAUGGGUAUGCACAUCAGGAAGACAAGGACUAUCACAGCAUGAAGAACAUACCCGCAGAACAUGGUCCUAGUGUAGACAGGUUUGUCGAAUUUAACUUAAACUUGAGGAAGAACACAGGUUUGCUGCUUUCCUUACAACAGUUUUUUGGUAUGUUUGUAAAGAAGGCAAUUCACUUUUGGCGGAAUAGGAUAGUGACUCUAGUCCAGCUAUUGAUCCCGGUAGCAUUCACAAUAAUGGCUCUUACUGUGGCAGAAACUGUCCCAAAGCCAGGAAACGAACCUGCGUUACUACUCGACCUGGCACCCUUUGGUUCUUCUAGUGUUACUGGAUAUCGUUCUAGUAACGUCACCUCAAAUAUAAGCACAGUUUAUAAAGACACGUUCAGUGGAUAUAAAACUCAGGAAUUUUUACCAUCUAGCACUUUUAUGGACGAGUUAUUAAAAAAUGCAAAGGACAUUGGAACAGCCACGUUCAACAAAAGGUACAUCGUUGGCGCUGAUUUCAAUUACAAUAUUUCAAAUGCAAAAUUAGAAGUGACCUCGUUUUUUAAUGGAGAACCCUAUCACAGCCCAGCAAUUGCAGUAGCCUACACAAUGAAUGCAGUUCUGCAGUUUUUCACGGACGACCAACACUCCAUUAAGACCAGCAACUCGCCAUUCGAAGAGACUUUAGAAGCAAACAGCCGAGCAGUGGCUGGGUCCACCCUAGGCACUGGUUUCACAGUUGCAUUUGUCAUUUUGUUCGGUAUGGCUUUUCUGUCCACCAGCUUUAUCAUCUUUCUCAUAAAAGAGCGGGCAAGUGGUGCCAAACAUCUACAGAAGGUUAGCGGUGUCAGUAACUUUGCAUAUUGGGCAUCCAGCUUUUCUUGGGAUAUCAUCAACUACUUACUUCCAGUUCUGUGUAUCAUGGUGGUGUUCGCUGCGUUCCAAACCGAAGCUUACUCAAACGGAGGUCGUCUUGGUUAUGUGUUCCUGCUCUUUUUCAUAUAUGGAAUGGCGUGUCUUCCGUUCGUGUACCUAUUACACUACCUGUUUGAUGUCCCAGCAACAGGAAUGGUAGUGGUUACCAUGCUCAACAUAGUAACAGGCCUCGCUACGACAAUGGCUGUUUUUGUACUCCGAUUCCCAUUCCUUGGGACCAUUGACGUUUCUAACGCACUGGACUGGGCAUUCAGCGUAAUCAUUCCACACUACUGUCUGGGUCUCGGCCUCAUGAACAUAUAUACAAACUACGAGUACAUAAAGGCGUGUAAUGUCAUCGACUACAAGUUACUUUGUCUCAUACCAAAACUCAACCAGAAUCCUUGUUGCAAAGAUACAUGCGGUGAUAACUGUUUCUCAUUUACGGACGAUUAUCUUGCUUGGGAGUCACCUGGUAUUGGAAAAUACCUAAUCUUCAUGUCCAUACAGGCAGUGGUAUACUUCCUCAUCAUCUUCCUGGUGGAAAGCGGUCUGUUAAGUCAAUUUUACUACUUCCUGUCUGGUAAGUCGGCCAACUCUGUUGGUGACUCUAUGGUGUCUAUGGAAGAACAUGAUUAUGGGGGAGAAGAGGAGGACGAUGACGUGAGAGAUGAGAGGAGACGUAUAAACAACACGUCAGUAAACAAUCUGAUGAAGACCGAUUCUCUAAUUAUUAAGAACUUGUCCCGUACCUAUGGUAGCCUAAAGGCGGUCCGAAAUGUAUCUGUUGGUGUAGCACCCGAAGAAUGUUUCGGACUUUUGGGACAAAAUGGCGCUGGAAAAACCUCCACGUUUAAAAUGCUCACAGGAGAUCAAAUGGUGACCGGAGGCAACGCAUACGUCAAGACCUACAGUAUACAGGACCAGAUACGAAAAGUCCAGCAAAACCUUGGCUAUUGUCCACAGUUUGACGCCCUCAUUGACCAGAUGACCGGACGAGAAACGCUGACUAUGUAUGCCAGAUUAAGAGGUGUUCAGGAACAGCAGAUUAAGGGACUAGUCGAAGAACUACUUUAUAUAAUGACACUGAGUCAGUACGCAGACAAGAACUGUGCUUUUUACAGUGGUGGAAAUAAGCGAAAGUUGAGUACAGCCAUGGCUCUGAUAGGAGACCCGCCUUUCGUUCUAUUGGACGAGCCAACCACGGGCAUGGACCCUGGCGCACGGAGAACCCUAUGGAAUGUACUGUCGAAGAUCAGGGCCAGCGGUCGCACCUUAGUUUUAACGUCACACAGUAUGGAGGAAUGUGAUGCACUUUGCACAAAGAUCGUAAUCAUGGUCAACGGUAGGUUUGUCUGUUUGGGGAGCCCUCAGCAUCUUAAGAACAAAUUCGGGCAUGGUUAUACUUUAAUAGUACGUCUUGGCUCUGAUGAUGAUGGUAAAACAGCUGGUGGUGAUGCAUUGAAGAAUUAUAUCAUCCAGACAUUUAAGAAUGCCAAUAUUUUCGACGGUCACCAAGGGUACCUCCAUUUUCAGAUUCCUGAUUCAGAUGUUCCGCUAGCCCGUGUUUUUGGUGCUAUGGAACGCGCAAAAUCCCAGUUUGAUAUUGAAGACUACUCAGUCCACCAAACAACUCUAGAACAAGUAUUCCUCACCUUCACUAGACAUCAAACACCCCCCAAAGAAAAGAAAAAACGUAAGAUAUGUUGUUGUUAG